UAGAGCCACAGAGUGAUACAGAGAGAGCAGAGAGCAGGGGAACUUUUCAAGUAAGCAGUGUGUGUUCACCCUUGCUUGUUACCUGAGGCCCUGCAUACACAUGCACACAAACUCACAGAGAGGUGCAUUUGCGUGCUUGUAAGGCUGACUCUCCAGCAGCUGAGAAGGAAUUAAAACUUUUUGGAUUACAGCGAGUGCUCUUGAUUUACUUUUUGGACACCUUGGAUCCAAUCUUCCUGAGUUGUUGGUCCGAGCUCAGAAAGAAAGGCAUGGCACAAGGACAAAAGAGCCCCAGGUGGGCAUUAACCCAGCGCCCCUUCCACAUGGCAAUGUGCCUGUGGCUCCUCUCCCUUCUCCACCUCCUCCUUAGCGUGUCGGCCGCAGACGAGUACGACUACUACAGCUGGCAGUCGGACAACUUCCACAAUGGCCGCUUCUACACCAAGCAGCCCCAGUGCGUGGACAUACCGGCCGACCUGCGACUGUGCCACAACGUGGGCUACAAGAAGAUGAGGCUGCCCAACCUGCUGGAUCACGAGACCAUGCCCGAGGUGAAGCAGCAGGCCGGGAGCUGGGUGCCUCUCUUGGCCAAGCGGUGCCACGCAGACACCCAGGUCUUCCUGUGCUCGCUGUUCGCUCCCGUGUGCCUGGACCGACCCAUCUACCCAUGCCGAUCGCUGUGCGAGGCCGUGAGGGACAGCUGCGCUCCUGUGAUGGAGACCUAUGGCUUCCCCUGGCCGGAGAUGCUGACGUGCGAUAAGUUCCCCAUUGACAACGACCUCUGCAUCCCCAUGCAGUUCACCGGCAACCACGCCACCCAGCCGCCAGUGUCAAAAGUGUGUCCCCCGUGUGACAACGAGCUGAAAGCAGACAACAUCAUGGAGCACUACUGUGCCAGCGACUUUGUCCUUAAGAUGAAAUUCAAGGAGGUGAAGAAGGAGAAAGGCGACAAGAAGCUGAUUGCAGCUCAGAAGAAGAAGAAAGUGCUUAAGCAGGGUGUGCUGCGGAAAAAGGACCUGAAAAAGCUGGUCUUGUACAUCAAGAACGGUGCCAACUGCCCGUGCUCGCAGCUCGACAGCCUGGGCUCCAACUUCCUCAUCAUGGGCCGCAAAGUAGAUCAGCAACUGCUGCUUAUGUCCAUCCACAAAUGGGACAAGAAGAGCAAGGAGCUCAAGUUUGCCAUAAAGUACAUGAAGUCCCAUCAGUGUCCAACCUACCACACCGUGUUCCAGUGACACAGCUCGCCGUCCCGCCCGCAGAAUCCAUCAUUAACUCCAUAUGCUCAUGAUUUACUUUUGCGUAAUCCACCCUUGAUUCCAAAAUCCUGGAAAACACAGUCCAAAAACUGUUUUUAGUGGGGUAAAGCUUUUAUUUCCUUGGCUUUAACAUAACAUGGGGUUACGUUGUAGUUAUUUUUGAAUUUUUUUUUUUUUUUAGGUAAUAGAGGAGCCUGUUCUCAUGGCAGUUUAGUAGGAUUUUACACAAAAAGUAAUGCACUGUAAUUAGUGGAGGACUGAUGUAUCUCUGUGUUGUCUGAAAAGCUUUAUUUUUCUAUUCAUGUUUUUUAUAUGAAGAGGCCAGCACGCGAAACCCCCAAAACAAUACUCAUGUUUUAACAUAGUUCACACACCUAAUGCUAGCUCUAGUCCUAACCCUAGCCUCUUUAUACAAACCCUAACCCUCCUCUAACCGUUAACGCUCGCCCUAACCUGAACCCAAAACCUAACCAAACUCUAACCCCCGAAACCUCACCCUACCCUACCCAAAACCCCUAACGCAAGCAUAGCCCCAUACCAUAAUUCCCUAACCCUCACCCAAACCCAAACCCUACCUUUAAACCAUUGAGGCACUGGACAUCGUUAGUCCAGCGUUGUACAGGGUGAAAUUCAAUUGGCACCUCCUGAACGGUUGUAUGCGUAUUUCUGACUUGUUCAGGUCACUACACAUGCAGGUACACAACUGUAAUCAUGUUAAGAAGGGUGUUGCUGUUUGUUUCAUUGUGGUUGUGUUGCUUUCUUUGUGAUUUUUUUUUAAUUUUAUUGGGUGUAGAUCAAGGCACACACUAUUAACAGGAUCCACCUUGUUGUUCGUGAAGCUUUUAGCAUGAGCAUUCAGCAUUCACAACAUCUGAAAUGUUGUCAACUACUUAUUGUGGUCGGGAACACUUUGGCUUGCGCGCUAUUGACAAAAAAAUAUUAAGUGGAACAGCAACAACCCGAACACAGUGUGAACACUUAACAAAAAAAUUAUCGUUGACCUCACAUCUCAGACAAUUAACUUGUUGUACAGUGUAUGCCAACUUAAAAGUAUCUGUCAUUGUGAUAAACAUUCUUGGCAGAGCAUUGUUGAGGAACGGUUUUGUACCAGAACUCCACAUUUUGGAGAGGUGCGUUGCUGUGGGGUUUUCCAUUGAUUAAAGUGCUUUUUUUGUGCUCCUUCCCACUAAAUCAUCAUGAGAACACGCCGAGUUGAGUCAAUCACUUGUAUAAUAUCUGACAGCAGUUUAUGCAAUUAGACAAUAGAAAUAGGAGCCCGGAUAUUCUGAAUUCCAAGAGAAAUCAUGUUUGGUUAUGUAAUGCCUUUUGAGAGAAGGACUGAGUUUUGUGUAAUUGCAGAGGAGUGAUUUGCUAAAUUUGUGCAGCACAAGGCUGGCAGAAAGACGAAAUAUAGACAGUCCACAUAGUUGAUUUGAAAUAUGCAUGACUUAGGUAAUUCCCAUGCAUAGAUGAUUAGGAAACCAUUUCUCCCGAUUGAGGAGGAAGAUGAGGGAAGGAGUAAGAUGAAGCGCCGAGCGACACAUUGACUGGAGGAUGCUGCCAUGGACAAUGAGGCCUGAAAGGUGGAAACUUCCAUCUUUUUUAAAUGGAAGAAAGAAAAGAAUGUUCCUUAGAAGAAGCCAAGUAAAGAGACUCUAGACAGAGCCAACUAUGUUACCAGUACUCAUUGUUCAUUUUUUUGCAUUUUUUUGUAUGCAUUUUUUUCCCUAAAUGUUUAAAUCUUUUGUACUUCAGUGUUUCAAUUUUCUGUGGUAUGAUAGCAAAACUCACAUUUAUACACAAAAUACAAACAAACAUAGUGCCUAAAUUCACCGUUCUUGUCACAAUAAAAGAUGAACUUUAACCAUGACAAUAUAUAUUUUUUUAAUCAGUUAACCUGCAAGUAGUUAUGUUACUGAAAUA